AUGUCAACUCUAGUCAAAGUCGACUCUGGGAGUGGUGGCUUAGGCGAUACCACCCCAGGAAUGAUUGACUACUCGGGUUCUUGGUAUUUCGACAACACCGCCGGUGUAGAGGCGUACGAUGAGUCGCUAGCUAUCGCAAGAUCAGCCGGAGCGGGUGCAUCGCUGCAAUUCGUCGGAACAACUGUGGCUGUAUAUGGUUCUGUAUAUCCGCCGAAUGGUUGCACACCACCCGUUUCGACAUACAGUGUCGAUGGCUCAACACCGGAGACUAUCAAUGCACCCAGUGUCAACGAGGCCAUCAACACUGUGACCUUCUGGGCGAACACGUACCUCUCGAACGGCACCCAUGAGCUGGUCAUCAGUGUUACCCAGGCCAGUGCCAAUUGCCAGUACAUGCUGGAUUACAUUUCAUACACGAUGCUGGACUCUCCUUCCGGCCAGCCAUCGUCAUCAUCAUCGUCAGCGUCAGCGUCAUCGUCAUCGUCACCCUCAUCGUCACCCUCAUCACCCUCUCCGUCACCCUCUCCGACCUCAUCCACGCCAUCCACGCCAUCCUCGCCUGCCUCAGUGCAGCCCUCGUCGCAGUCACAAGGGAGCUCUGCGUCAUUUCAAUUUUCUUCAUUGCAAUCUUCAUCGUCGCAACCCUCGUCUGGGUUAUCGCAACCUUCGAGCUCUCAUUUGUACACGUCAUCUGGGAGUGGACAGAACACGACAAUAGGCGGUGGACGAACAGCUGGCUCGCUAUCUGUGACAGCUACUGACUCCCAAGGAUCGUCCAGCAGCGCGGCAGCCAGCGGCACUGCCGCUGCUGCCGUCUCCCGUGGAUCGUCGACCCCAAUAGGUGCGAUUAUUGGGGGUGUUGUGGGUGGGGUAGUAGGGCUUGCGCUUGUGCUCGCAGCUCUCUUUUUCAUGUAUAAGCGGAGCAGAGCAGAGUGCCCGGACGAGUACUUCUACAAGACGCCGGCGUUGGGUUAUAAUGCGCCGGAUGGUGAUGACGCACAUGCAUUGAGUGGGAGAACUGUUGCUGGAUCAGGCAGCCAGAUGGCUCAGGCUGAAGGCGGGUCUGCAACCCGCAGAAACUCCCUGCUUGCAUGGCAAACCCCAGACGCGUCGCAGAGUCGCAUAUCAUUACGCUUGCCCGCCCUCGAUUCGGCGCCGAUAAUGCCAUUCACGAGCGCGGAGCUCGCGUCCGCAUCCCUGUCUUCCACCCCCAGAGACGUGCCACCACCCUCCGCAGAGUUCCUGGAGGGUAUACCUCCAGAUGAUCCUGGCGUUGGCCCUGCGAAACAGGGCAAUGAGGUUGCCUCAUCUUCGCGAAUACCUGACCCGCCCCAGCCACCGGUUGCCAUGCGGCGGUCGCCUAACAUCGACUCGGGCCUCCGAUUCUCCCCCGGGGUGGCGCCAUCAGACGUGGAUGAUUCCUUACUGGACUUGCCGCCGAUGUACACUGCGGACUGA